AAUGAAUGCAAUUGACACAGAUUUGUUUGAAGAAUUGCACGUUAAAUAUGAAAAUUUAAAAUCAUUAUGCAAGGAAUGUUUUUUUCAAUCAAAUGACAAGCAAAGUACUGAUGCUGAUAAUACUGACAACGAUAUUAACAAUUGUGGCCAAGUCAAUAAAAUCCAAAUGUCUGAAUUGGAUGACAAUUUUAAGGUUGUUUUAAAGACAAUAGAAGAUGUAAUUCAAGAAAUUACACCAGAACAUCCUCAAUAUAUUCGAUUAAUCGCAAUGAAUGCAUCUGUUUUAUUUGAACAAGCGAAAACUUUAGUAUCUGAUGAUAAGGAAGCCAUGGCGAAAGAUUUAUUAAACAAAGCAAUCAGAUUAUUAUCGAAUUAUGCUCGAAAUACAACAAUUUCAUUUCUAUAUUUACGAAUUUUAAAUCAUUAUGCAUGUUUGUUGUGGAAAAGAGAAGAGUUUGAAAAAGUUUCUGCACUAUUAGAAAACGCUGAGAAUAUUUAUAACGAUAUUAAAUCAUCUUCGGUAAAAGUAUUUAAUUCAGAUGAUAUAUUUGUUCCCGAUGAAAUAACCAAUUUGCAGGAUGAUAGGGAAAAUAAAUUGGAGAAAUUAGUAACCAACAAUUUUCAAAUGUUAAGUUGGGCUUAUAAUCGAUUAAACGUCCAUGAUAAGUUUACAAAAUAUCAACAUUUAGUCUUACAACGUCUGCUUGAAAUGCGUGAUGAUAAUGCGUUAAUGUGGGCAACAAAAACUGGGCGCUUAGCAACUUAUUAUAUUGAUAAAAAUAACUUCCAACAAGCACGUUAUUAUUUAGCAGCAGCUACGCUUGUGUUAGAGGAAUAUGAAGGUGACUUAAAAAAAAUUCAAAUGAAUGAUGCGGUUAUGAUAAAAUGGCAAGAAUUUCAUCAACAUUAUGCGGAAAUUGGAAAAUGUUGGACUAAAUAUGGCAUAUGUUUAUUUAACGAAUCGAAAAAUCAAAUGGCUAAAGUUUUAUAUGGCGAUAAUAAUAAACCAUUGGUUAAUUUAUGGAACAUACCGUUUUCAUUUGUACAAAAACAUAGUAAACCAGAAUAUAUUGAAACUAAAAAUGAAGACAAUCCGACACGAAGUGAAUUCAAAUCAGAAAAAGAAGGAGGUGAUGUACAGGAAACAAAAGAUCCCUUAUUUAAGUUUCCUUCAUUGCAAGUAAGUGAAAUAGAAAAUCAAGUCACAUGCAAAUUUGUCCAAAAAACUGACGAAGCACGUGCAUUGUUCAUGUUCACGCAUACGUGGCUAAAACGUUCCAAAAGUCACUACACAAUUAAAGAGCAUCCUUUAGAGUAUAUAAAUGGUAUUUUUGAUUUAAGUGAACUAUAUCGAUUUGUGGCAUUAUUCGAGAGUGAUAUUGAAAGUCAAUAUAGUGUACAAAAACGUCGUGCCGACGCCUUAGAAUCAUUAAGUUCUGUGCUUCGAGAAUAUCGCCCUCAAUGUUACAUUCCUGUGAGUAUUGAGCUGUUUCGUGAGCUUGCUGAAGUACAAAUGGAAAUGAUGGGCUUAAAUUUAAGAAGAUUAAGUGCAAUUCAGGAUAAUUCUUUACGUGCCGAUGCUACGACGAAUCGUGAAUGCAUGCUACAUAAAAUGAGGGCUAUGGCAGAUAUGCAUGCACGAUUGGAUCAAUUUAGUGAGCUGUCGAUGUGUGAAGUACACGGAUCAGAUAUGUUUGGAGCUCGUGAUGAUUUUGAUGAUUCCACAUCGUCAUCAAAAAUCAUUCCUAGUGAUUGUGAAAUAACUAUUGAUGUUGAUGAUGAUGAAGAAGAAUCUGAUGAGGCCACAGAGGAAGGUAGUACUGACAGUGAUAAUGUGGUGGUGACAUGUAUUAAGGAACAAGAAGCAACAUCAUUGAGGGAGUUGGCUGAAACCUCUGUGUAAUUAUUUGAGUAAAAAAAAAA